CAAAACUCGUCACAGAGACGCUUAUUGCAGCAUAGUCUCAAUUUCUUUCAGUCUUCCCUUCUCUGCUUAUUGCUAUUUUCCUCCUUCAGGGAGGACAGCGCUGGUGUCAUGGCGAGUGUGCCCUCUGUCGGCCCCAAGGCACAAGCAACCCCGCAAUCGAGCGGUAAUGCGCAAAAUGCGGGUAAUCAGCAAGGCAUCAAAUCUGAAGUCGCUUCUAAAGAGAGCAUAAAUUGGAAUUCUGAAAGGCAACUAGUCUCAUCGUUAUGGAAAUUGCAAGAACUCGAGGCAAAAAUUCAUCAACUGCGGACGUUACUACCAGAUCGUCUUCUCGCUCCCCUUAUUCCAAUUGUCAACCCGCGGAGAGCGGGUCCCAAUAGGCCUGUGCCGAAAUCUCCGCAGAUGCUAUACGAACAGCUAUCUCAGGCUGCUCGCGAUGGUGUCACAGAGGUCGAGGACUUCGUGUCUGCGUGGCAAAGCCCAGAAAUGCGAGCUGUCUGGGCCAGGAUGGAUGAGAAGAUGAAGGAGUGCGACGGCGACUACCCGCAGCCGAGUGGAAUCUGGGAGCAUGACUACGACAAAGUUCUCGAGGAACUUGACAAGGAGGAGCACACCAGUCAGCGACGGCAUAAGAAGACCGAAGAAGAACAGUCGAGGGCGCAAGCUCUAUCGGCCGGAGGCUGGAAAGGCGUCGUAGAGUCCUUCAAACAGAAAGGCUUGUCCGGUGUGCGGAUCUUGCUGAGCAAAAACGAAGAUGUGAUCACAGUUGUCCUAUUAAAAGCUGGAAUGUCGUUUGAUAUUCAAGAGAUCCACGGACAGGAGGAGGACGGUAAGGUAGAAUGGCGGGUGUCCAACAAACAAUACCCUGGCAAGCCAAAAACGAAGCUUGAGACGUCUGUGUCCAUAUGCUUGAAUCUACGUCCUCGAAAAUGGGACCUCGGUUACCUACUCGACAUGAUAUGCUCUUAUUCCGAUAUCAAGAAAACGCCAUGCGUGAAGUGUAACAAAAUGAUUGACAACACCGCUCAACUUCCGACCAUCCGCCGUCCAAAAACCGUCGAUACUCCGGACGGAAAGAAAUCGACCACUUGGGAGGCCUAUCAUCAAAACUGCGCUUGAGCGCGUUUUGCACCGGCUCCCA